CUUCCUGGAGGAGGGGGCUGCAGCCCCCCCGGGAUUGAAGGAAAUGGCAGCCACCGCCUGCUGGCUCCGGGGCCUUCAAGGGGCCGGUCGGAGUCACUAAGUCUGGUCCCGGGUGGCACAUCUGGAAAAGGUUGUGAGGGCCCCGAAGGAAGCCGAGGCAGCCCCAGUAACCGAAGGGGAUCAGCCCCAUCCGUGGGCAGAGACUGCCGCGGGGUCCGGCUCCGAGGCCCCCUGCUGCCCCUGGGUCAGAGAGGGAAGCCAGGCUCCGAGGGUCCCCGGCAGCAUCUCCUGCCUGCAGACCCAGAAGCUUCGGCCUGGCCCCUGGGAGGAGCCAGGGCCGUUCAUAGGAUGCUGCCCCAGCCCCUGACCUGAUUGCUCACCAGGGGAAUCGACCCAGGCAGGACGCCGGCUCCCAGUCCCAGCUGAGGGGGAGAAGGACAAGGCCAGAGCAGCCUCGCCCUACUGGAAAGCCCACCCCCAGCCUCCAGUGGGCCACGGCAAGAGGCAAAAUGGGUCUCAUCCUGACCUGGCAGGGCUGUCCUUCAGGAGCUGAAUGCUGCCCAGUCUUCCUUGGACUGCCCCCCAAGAUUCCCCCGAGGCAUGUAGCUGCGCUUCUCUCCCUCCGGCCCAGGAUCGUCUUCCCCAGCGCCCAGCAUCAUGUCCACCUCGCUGAGCAAGCGGAGCAGCCUGGCCAACGACAACGGCUGCCUGGGCCUCAGCCUGGCCUUGGUGGCCCCGCCGGGGGGGCCGGUCCUGCCGCACAAGGGGCGCUGCGCCUACAGCUGCGGGGAGCUGCAGAGCCUCCUGGGGCUGCCGCCUUCCGUGGAGGAGCCCUCUAACUGCAAGUGGGUGAAGGAGGGGCAGAACCAGCUGCGGCAGGCGGCGGAGCGUGGCCGCGACCAGAACCGCAACGAAGUGAGCCUUCCCAGCAAGGAGCUGAGCGCGCUGCUGGUCCCACUGACGGGGCAGGAGGGCCAGGGCCGGGCGGAGGACCCCGAGGACCAGGAACAGGAGGAAGACGAAGAGGAGGAGGAGGAGGAAGAGGAGGAGGAAGGCUCCACCCCGGUCCAGAGUGAGCCUGUGACCGAGUCGGAGCAGAGCUCGGAGCGGGCACUGCCUCGGGGGGAGCAAGGCCGCAGCGCCAGCCUCCUCUUUGCCACCCGCAACAGCACCGCCAGCGACGAAGACUCCAGCUGGGCCACGCUCAGCCAGGGCAGUCCGACCGGCAGCUCCCCGGAUGAAGCCGACUCCUUCUGGCUGUGUAACUCCCUGGAGACAGACUCUGACCUCCCAGCAGGAUGGAUGCGGGUUCAAGAUACGUCCGGCACCUACUACUGGCACAUUCCGACGGGCACCACCCAAUGGGAGCCUCCCUUGGGCAGCGGGAGGGGCGACUCGGCAGGAAACACCCCCACCCGGGAGACUCAGCUCACCUGGAUGGACUUUGGGCAAACGGACGCAACCCCCAAUCCUGACUUCUGGAAGGAGAUUCCACCGGAGGGGGCGACCCCAGAGCCUCAGUCAGAGGAGGGCCAGCCCAGCUCCGCCUUGGGAUCCUCCGGCCUCCGGUCUUCCCUGGAAGCAGGAGGGGAGGACGCAGCCGGGUGGCUGGGCCUUUCCCCGGGAUCGGAGUGCUUCUCCGUCCGCUCGCUGGGCUGGGUGGCGGUGGCCGAGGAGGAGCUGGCGCUGGGCAGGAGCGGAGUGGCGGUCAACAACUGCAUCCGGCAGCUGGCCGGGCAGGAGCCGGCCCUGGUGGAGGGCAAGGCCAUGCUGCUGGUCCUGGAGAAGGAGCUGCUGAAGCUGCUGGACCCCCAGAAGCGGACAGAGCUGCACUGCCUGCCCAUCGCGGCCAUCCGGGUCUGGGGCGUCGGGCGGGACAGCGGAAGGGAGUUUGCGUACGUGGCACAAGACCAGCUGGCUCAGAUGCUGAAGUGCCACGUCUUCCGGUGUGAAGCUCCCGCCAAGAAUAUUGCCAGCAGACUCCAUGAAAUCUGCUCCAAGAUUGUGACAGAGCGGCGGAGCGUGCAAAGCUCACUCAACGGGAUCUCCCUGGAUCCGUCCAAGAUGGUGGAAAUCCCCUUCCAAGUUGAGUUUCCGGCACCCAAAAGCGAAUCGGUCCAGAAAUUCCAGGUUUACUACUUGGGGAGCGUUUCUGUGGCCAAGCCCGUGGGCAUGGAGGUCAUCAACAGCGCCCUCGAGGCAGCCCUGGCAUCUGGCAGCAAGGAGCAGUGGGCACCUGCUCAAUUCAGCGUGGCACCAGCCACUCUCACCCUCGCCCAUCAGCAGACCGACGCCGUGCUGUGUGAGUGCCGCGUGCGCUUCCUCUCCUUCAUGGGCAGUGGGCAGGACGUCCGCUCCUUCGCCUUCAUCAUGGCUGCUGCCACUGGCCACUUCCGCUGCCACAUGAUCUGGUGCGAGCCCAAUGCUGCGGGGCUGAGUGAAGCCGUUCAGGCCGCUUGCAUGCUCCGCUACCAGAAAUGCUUGGAUGCGCGGCCCCAAUCCACCAGCAGCUCCUGUCUCCCGGCCUCUCCUGCCGACUCCGUGGCUCGCCGUGUGGGCUCCACAGUUAGGAAGGGCAUCCAGGCCCUGCUGGGGACCCUCCAACCCAAACGCCAGGGGUCCCAGACGCCGUGAGCUCCAGGCAGGAGUGAGGGGGACCUGCCCGUCCACCUUGACCCUCCGGGCCAGCAGCGCCACUGGCCUCUUGCCAUCAGCCUCGUAGCGCUUUGCCUGCCCUGGUGCGCGGUGCGUGUGUAUUCUGCAUGAGUGCAAGGUGUCUAUUUAUGAGGGAUGCGUGGAUCUGCACAGAAGUGUGACUUUCAUGCCAGUGGGGGAAGGGAGGGUGGGCUCCUCUUCAGGCAGCUGUGCCCUGGCCGCCAAACCUGAUCCCUGUCCCCGCUGGCCUCUGCCCACCCACUCCUGCAAGUAUGGUAGGCCCUGGAAUUGGCUGGAGCUGCCGCAGAGGCCCUCCCGGUGUCUGGCCACACACUGGGGAGGGGUCACGGUCUCAGCAACCCCCCCCCCAUUUGCCCAGGAGCAGAGGGGGUGGGGGGAGAGCUGCUGCCUCUGCUGUUGCAACAACUCUUUGUCUUGUACUAACCCACAAAUAAACUCUGUUCCAACGUCC